AUGCUAGGGACCCUGGUGCUGGGCAGGAGCCUUCAGAACGCCUCUGGUUUCUCCAUCUCGGUCACGCAGCUGUGGGGGGCCCCCCGCUGUCAUCCGCGCAGGGCAGAGCGAUGCCACUCCCAGGGUCCCUGCGCACAGAGGAACCAGAGUGAUGCUUGGCACCCCCUCUGGAAGGGCCCGGCCUCUGUGCCCGGAGGCACCCGGCAGUCCCCUGUCAACAUCCGCUGGAGGGACAGCGUCUACGACCCGCAGCUGCAGCCCCUCAGGGUUUCGUACGCCGCAGCCAGCUGCCUGCACGUCUGGAACACCGGCUACUUCUUCCAGGUGGAAUUCGACGACUCGGCCGAGGAAUCAGGGAUCCGUGGCGGCCCCUUGGAAAACCACUACAGGCUGAAGCAGUUCCACUUCCACUGGGGAGCGACGGACGAGCGGGGCUCGGAGCACACGGUGGACGGCCGCGUGUACCCAGCAGAGCUGCACUUAGUUCACUGGAACUCGGUGAAAUACCGAAAUUACAAAGAAGCCGUAAUGGGGGAGAACGGCGUGGCCGUGAUAGGCGUGUUUAUAAAGCUGGGGGCCCGGCACGAGGAGCUGCAGAAGCUGGUGCGAGUCUUGCCGGAAAUAAAGCUUAAGGGUGCACGGGCCGCUGUGGGCCCCUUCCAGCCCUCCUGCCUCCUGCCCGCCUGCCGGGACUACUGGACCUACCCGGGCUCGCUCACCACGCCUCCGCUCAGCGAGUCCGUCACCUGGAUCGUCCAGAAGCGGCCCAUCGAAGUGGCUCAGGACCAGCUGGCUGCCUUCCGCACGCUCCUGUCUUCUGCGCUCGGUGAAGAAGAGCGGUCCAUGGUGGACAACUACCGUCCACUUCAACCCCUGAUGAACCGCGAGAGGGACGGGGACCCACAUGCAUCUUCCCGGCCUCCAGACUCCUGGAUGUCUCGGUGUCCUGGGGCGGCCGUGACGUAUGACCACAAACCAGCGGGCUGA